CCAAUCUCCUUUCCUCUCCAAACCGUUUCCUCACCGCUUCCUCUUUUUCCCUUUUAUCCAUUCCUCUGCGACCGCGAUCCUAGCCCUAACCCUAGAAAAGGGAGGAGGAGAAAGGAGAAAGGAGGGUGCGCGAUGAUGGUGGAAAAGGAGGAUCUGGGGCUCAGCCUAAGCUUGAGCUCCCGGGCGGCGGCGGCGGCGGUGGAUCGGGUGCCUCUGAAGCUGAACCUCGCGUCGUCUUCGUCCGCGUCUCCGUCGACUCUCCCGUUUCUUCUGAAGCCCCAGUGGAGCGAUCUAAUGGCGUCGUCCUCAGAGAGGAGAUCGGCCGAGAUGCCGCUGCUGAGGGGGAUCGACGUGAACCGGGCGCCCGCGGCCGAGAGGGAGAGCGAGGAGGAGGCCGGGGCGUCGUCCCCGAACAGCACGCUGUCGAGCCUCAGCGGGGGCAAGCGCGGCGAGCGCGAGCGCGAGCGCGAGCCCGCGACGAGCGGCGGAGGCGAGGAGCACGACAUGGAGCGCGCGAGCUCCCGCGGCAUCAGCGACGAGGAGGACGGGGGCGACGGCUCCCGCAAGAAGCUCCGCCUCUCCAAAGACCAAUCGGCGAUUCUCGAGGAGACCUUCAAAGCUCACAACACCCUCAAUCCCAAGCAGAAGCUGGCGCUGGCGAAGCAGCUGAAUCUGCGGCCGCGACAAGUCGAAGUGUGGUUCCAGAACCGCAGAGCGAGGACGAAGCUGAAGCAAACGGAGGUGGAUUGCGAGUUCCUGAAGCGGUGCUGCGAGAGCCUCACCGAAGAGAAUCGAAGGCUGCAGAAGGAGGUGCAGGAGCUCCGAGCCCUAAAACUCUCCCCUCAAUUCUACAUGCACGCCACUCCUCCCACCACCCUCACCAUGUGCCCCUCCUGCGAACGCGUAUCGAAUUCCGCCUCCGCCGCCCCUGCGGUUCCUCCGCCGCCUCCGUCCGAUCAACCGCAGCACCUCCUCCACCUCCGCCGCCCCGUCCCGAUCGCCCCCGCGGCGCCCUGGGCCCCCGUCGCGCUCCGCCCCUCCUUCCUCGACGCACCGCCGCAGAGAUCUUGAAGACCACCAGUCUAAUACACAUCCUAUUUUUUAAUUUAUUUCAGAAAAAAAAAAAGACUAAGAAGAAGAAGAAGAAGAAACUGUUAGGUACGUAGGGCGAGGAGAGGGAGAGAGAGUGCUUCUUUUUUUUUUAAAAAAAAAAAGGAAAGAAAAAAGAAAAAAGAAGUGGAUAUUGUUGGAUACUGGUGUUGUCGAUACGUGAUGCGAGAAGAGGAUUGGGAGAUGGAUGGGUGUUUGCUUGUGACGAAUUAGCGGUGGGAAUGCAUUGAUGAUGUAUGAUGAUGAUGAGAGGAGGAGACUUAGUUAGCCUUUCUUUUUUUGAUGGCAAAUUCCUCGAAACUUCUACUGCUUGUUGAUUAAAAUCUGCGUCAUUAAUUCUUUCCAGAUAGUUAGUUA